AUGAUAAUAUUCAAGAAAUCAAGAAGAAAUUCCAAUGAUAGCAUCUACUGUCGUGCGUGCAGAAAUCCAGUUGCACGCGUCCAAGAUUAUAUUUGGAGGGUUCGUCAAGCAGGGAUCUUUAGUAGAGUGUAUAAUGUUCUUGUAUCGGACGAUGAAAAUUAUCGUUUAGGAAGUACCAUAGCCAAGACUUACUGUGGCCGAUGUGGAACGUUGCUCGGGUGGAAAUUUAUUGUAGUCCCACUGUGGUAUGUGUUCGGUAGAGAAGGAAGAUCCGUUUUGUUCUUGAGAGAGCUUUGUUUCUGGAAUGGUGUACCAUUGCUUCAUUUAAACGAAGAACAAGAUUUAGGCGCUAAUAACCAAAAUGCUCAUCAAGAUUUAGGUGCUAAUGAGCAAAAUGGUGAUCAAGAUUUAGGUGCUAAUGAGGAAAAUGCUGAUCAAGAUGGAGGCGCUAGUGAAGAAAAUGCAGAUCAAGAUGGAGACGCUACUGAUCAAGAUCGAGAUGCUACUGAUCAAGAUCGAGAUACUACUGAUCAAGAUGGAGAUGCUAUUGAACAAAAUGCUGAUCAAGAUAGAGACGCUAAUGAACAAGAUGUGGGCGUGAACGAGGAAAAUGAUGAUCCAGAUGGAGGCAGUAAUGAACAGACUGAUGAUCAAGAUGACGACACUCCAAUGAACUGA